AGACACUGGACUGGUGUUUCGACUUGGGUAUCAGGUGCGUGACCGUGUACGCGUUCAGUAUAGAGAACUUUAACCGGCCACAGGAAGAGGUGGAUGAUCUCAUGGAUCUUGCAAAGAGAAAGUUUCUUGAACUGGCGGACAAUGAAUCCACGCUGCACAAGAACAAAAUGAGUAUACGUAUACUUGGGGACCUGAGUUUACUUCGACCGGAUGUACUCGAGGUAUUGAUGCGGGUAGUCGAGGAUACGAAGAUGAAUACCGACUAUAUCUUGAAUGUGUGUUUUCCGUACACUUCUCAAGAAGAAAUGGCCACCGCGGCGCGAAGGAUAGCGGGCGAAGUGGAGGCGGGAGAUAUCAGUAUAAGGUCUAUAGAUGAACAGUGCUUUGCGGAUCACUUGUACACAGCUGGGUGCGGCGAAGUUGAUGUCCUCGUACGCACGUCGGGUGAAAUUCGACUGAGCGACUUCUUGCUGUGGCAAUCGUCGUUCAGUCUCCUUUCGUACCGGGAGGUGCUGUGGCCGGAUUUCUCGGUCUACGAAUUCAUCAGUGUCAUUCUAGACUACCAACAAAGCCAAGCGGCGCUCAUGUCAAUUAAAGACAACUAUGAGGUUGCUAGGGCUCGUGGCAAAGCCCAAUUAGACGCCGAGUACACCAGACUUCAGGCGAGGAAGAGCUUCUCUACGAAUUUCGUUCCGGAUGACACAAUGCUAGUGGAACGGUGUCGGUGAUUUCGUUCAUUAAAAUUUAGUUGAAGUUGAACUGAUUCAUAAACUUGAAAAAACUGCGUGGGCUAAUCAUUGCAGAGCUUUCACGUCCA